AUGGCGUUGAGCUGCUUGUUCUUCGUCGACGGCGGGAAGUGGGGGAGGGCCUUCAGAAGUUCAGAUCUCAGAGCUGGUUCAGAGGCUUCAAAGCUUCGGAAAGUCACAUGUUUCUCACAACAUGGAGUCAACGGCUUCAAAGUUCAAACGUUCUCACUGACGACCCACCAUCUUACUUAUGGCCGAGAUACAUCUUGCCUCACGGUAUUCCUUCCAAAAGACGCGUUGUGGAUCCUCGUGGCACGGGAGUCCGAACGCGUCUGGUUGGGACCCAUCACAGCUGAUUCGAGUCGCCAGAUUCAGACGCGCCCUGGAAUCACGUUCUCCUCCUGGACAACCCCUGCGAACCCUGCUUUCAAAUUUCAAGAGCUCAUGGAUGCCGCCGUCGCUGAUGAAGCUGAUGACCCGCCUAUCCCUGAAGACGACACGGCUUCUCCUUUGUCCUCUCCUUUGACCUCUCCUCCGACCUCUCUUUCUCCCCUUUUUUCGUCCCCAAUCCCAGCUCCACCACGCGAUCUCUCACCUGAUCUGCCCUCAGCCACGAAACCCCCUACUCACAUCCCCACUAAGAGUCAAGCGGCACACACCAACUUAGCGGCAGAUGAAAUCUCCAAAGCCUCGUUCAGGAUGAAGAAAAGGUCACACAAGAAUCGGACAAAGCGUCGGCAAGCCGAGGCACACGAGAUGGGCCACGCACUACACAGGAAAUCUGUUAAGAGGGCCCUCCAUAAACACGUCAUGCCCUCCAACCCCAUUAACACCAACCACUCGAUCAAGAAAACCGACAUAGCAUCGACUGCGUAUGUCGGCUUACACGGAUACUACGUGGACCAUCUCGACGCUCUGUUGCAACACGACUGUAAUCUUCGGCGAAACUUCCACAACAGCGUUUGGCCAUCCACGACCGUAAACUUUGGCUCCAGGACUUGUUGCAAACAACACAAGGACUUCAACGACCUUCCUUUUGGAAUGUGCUCCAUCUAUGGGGCAGGCAGGUAUGAUUCGAAAGAGGGUGGCCACCUUGUUCUCUGGGAAGCAGGGCUGGUAAUCGAAUUUCCUCCUGGCUCAACAAUCCUGAUCCCCUCCGCCAUUCUCACGCAUUCAAAUGUCCCUGUUCCUAAGGGUUCCACCCGCUACUCUGUUACGCAGUACACUGCAGGGGGUCUCUUUCGUCUCUCGUAG